GCGGCUUUUUUUUUCUUUUUUGGUCAAGAAAUAUCUGCGGCUUAUCGUUGAAAUGUCAGUUUAGUCAAAUGUCAGCUAAAAACGACAACGUUUGGGUCUUCCUCUGUUCCUCGUAAGAACAACCAACGACAAUUCGGUUAGUUGAGAGAAUGAGAAGAGUGAUGCAAAUACCAUGGAGCUCCAGAAGAAGCCAUUGCAUGAUGGGCAUGACCAAGCUUUGGUUCAGUCUCUCACUUAAACCACUUGCCUCAAUUCUCCAAUUUUCUUCUCUCACCCAAACCCAAAACCCCACCAAUCCACCAAUUGCUCUGACCAAGAAAGUCUUCACCACCCUCUUACAGUCAUGCUCUUCCUACCCAAACGAACUCAAGCAAAUUCAUGCCCUUAUCCUCACCACAGGCCUCUCUAUCAAGAACAGCCUCAUCACCCAACUUCUCACCAAUUUCACACUCUUAGGGGACAUGUCCUAUGCCCGCCAAUUAUUCGACCAAAUGCAUAAGCCACGCGUUUUUCUAUGGAACACUCUUAUCAAAGCCUAUGUCAAAAAUGGUAUUUUUACGGAGGCGGCUUUUGUUUAUAGACAAAUGCACCUUCUGGGUGUUCGUCCUGACCAGUUUACUUACACGUUUGUGGUCAAGGCAUGUGCUGAACUGCCCGAAUUAUGGGCUGGAUCAGCUGUUCUUGCCCAUGUGGUGAAAUAUGGGUUGGAAUUCGUUGCUAUGGUGAGGACUGAGCUGAUACUAAUGUUUGCGAAAUUCGGAGAAUUGGGUAUGGCGGAUUUUCUAUUUGAAACUAUGGUUGACAGGGAUUUGAUUGCUUGGAAUGCUUUCAUUGCGGCUUGUGUACAAAAUGGCAAUGCUGGUAAGGCUCUUGCAUUGUUUCGCCAGAUGGAUGUAGCUGGAAUUAAGCCUGAUGCUGUUAGUGUUGUGAGUGCCUUUUCAGCUUGUGGUCAAUUAGGGUGUUUGGAGAAUGGGGAAGAAAUCUAUGGGAUCAUGAGAAAAUAUGGGAUUGUUUGCAAUAUAAUUGUUGCCAAUGCACGGCUUGAUAUGUAUGUGAAAUGUGGUAGCAUAGACAUGGCUGAGGCGUUGUUUGAGGAUAUGCCUCAGAAAAAUGUUAUUUCCUGGAGCACUAUGGUAAUAGGGUAUUCCAUAAAUGGGGAGAGUGAAAAGGCAUUGAAUAUGUUUUCGAGGAUGCAAAAACAUGGAGUGCAACCAAACCAUGUCACUUAUCUCGGAGUUUUGUGUGCAUGUAGCCAUGCUGGGCUUGUAAAUGAAGGCAAGGCUUAUUUUAGUCACAUGGUCCAAUCUGGUAACAAGAAUAUUCGACCAAAAAUAGAGCACUAUGCAUGUAUCGUUGACCUUCUAGGCCGGUCAGGACAUCUUGAAGAGGCCUAUAAUUUCAUAAGAAGUAUGCCAAUUGAACCGGAUUCUGGGGUGUGGGGAGCUUUAUUGGGCGCCUGUACAAUCCACCAAAAUGUUGAACUGGGCCAGCGUGCAGCUGAUUUACUUUUUGAAGUAGCUCCAGAUAUUGGUUCAUAUCAUGUCUUAAUGUCAAACAUAUAUGCGGCUGCUGGAAGAUGGGAUUUUGUUGAUAAGGUGAGGCUCAGAAUGAGAAAAGGAGGUGUUAAGAAAAUAGCUGCCUACAGCUCCGUUGAAUGUAAUGGGAAAUUCCACAUUUUCUAUGGUGGAGACAGAUUGCACCCAGAGUCAUCAGAAAUAUAUGAGAAGUUGGAGGACUUAUUGAGACAAGUGAAGAGUAUAGGUUACAUUCCAAAUACCAGCUCCGUGUUUCAUGAUGUAGACAUGGGUGAAAAGGAAGCCACACUGAGCAGUCACAGUGAAAAGAUUGCCGUUGCAUUUAGUCUUAUAAAUCUAAGGCCGAGAGAUAAAAUCCGUUUUCAUCAUUUUAGAAAUGGUGAUUGUUCAUGCAACAACUUUUGGUGAUCGCAAGAAAUACUAAUGACUGGCAUAUGGUGAUUGAAGAAGAACCAAGGAUGAGCUCAUAAUAGAUACUAGCUAUGGCUCAAAGGUAACUAUUAUAUUGCCUACGUCAAUGAUACCUGAACUAGCUUGUGCACUUGUAUUGACAAAGUAUCAACGGCAACAGAUAUCUUAUAUCUGGCGAUGCUGAAAAAGUGGACUUCCUACAUGAACUUCUGCACAGCACUAAGAGGUUUGAGGAAAGCAAUUUUUUUGGCUGAGAAUGUUUAAUUUCAUACAUCACCAAGGAAUUUGACUCAGAUUGUGAAACAGUGCGUAAUGUUUGCCACAAAAAUCUCAAGAUCCUUGGCACUAGAAUAAACGCCUAAUGGGAGCCUUGAGAAAUGGCUAUACUACUCUCACAACUUUUUUCAAGAUAGAUUGCAGAGACUAAAGGAGAACUGGGUUUGAGAGAUUGGGUUGGUGACUCAUUACAUGGUUCAACAGUUAAGUUGGUGACACAAAUUUGCUAGGCAAUGAAGAUGAUCAUUUUGUUGAACGAGAAGUGUAUAUCUUGUGUCUUUAGACAUGGCAUGCAUCCAAGAUUCACCUCUGGAGAGGAUUGAUAUGAAAUAUGCAGUGACAAAAUUUACGAGAAUUAGAGGAC